UUUCACCGACUGGGCGGCCCCAAUCUGGGGAGGGUUGGGUCUUUGAUAGCUUUCUUUGCCCGCUUCCAAGAUGGCGCGCAUGGCCACGCUCGGAAUGCAACGUGAAGCCGCAGCUCUGCCAUUACUCAAGAUGGCUGCCCCCAUCAAGAUGACCGGGGUGUGCCGGGGGGAGAGGGGCAGCAUGAUGGUCUGAGAUGGUCUAGCGUCGGACCAUGUGGAAGUUUCUGGGACUGGGGAGCCGGGUAGUGGGGGGUGGGACCCGUGGGGGGUAGAAGGAGCAAUUGCGUCCUUUCCCAGACUGACCCCUGACCCCGGCCCCUCUCCGUCCUCUGGACUAAAAUGGGGAACACAUUGGGCCUGGCACCAAUGGGGACUUUGCCCCGCCGGGGCCCCCGCCGAGAGGAACCUCUGCCCAACCCUGGGAGCUUCGAUGAGCUGCACCGGCUGUGCAAAGAUGUAUUCCCAGCACAAAUGGAGGGAGUGAAGCUCGUUGUCAACAAGGUUCUGAGCAGCCAUUUCCAGGUGGCUCACACAGUGCACGUGAGUGCUCUGAGCUUGCCGGGCUAUCACCUCCAUGCGGCCUAUGCAGGGGACUGGCAGCUUAGCCCCACUGAGGUGUUCCCCACUGUGGUUGGCGAUAUGGACAGUAGCGGAAGCCUCAACGCCCAGAUCCUGCUCCUCUUGGCAGAGCGGCUCCGAGCUAAGGCUGUCUUCCAGACACAGCAGGCCAAGUUCCUGACGUGGCAGUUUGAUGGCGAGUACCGUGGAGAUGACUACACAGCCACUCUGACCCUAGGAAAUCCUGACCUGAUUGGGGAAUCUGUGAUCAUGGUUGCUCACUUCCUGCAGAGCCUCACUCAUCGGCUGGUGCUGGGAGGAGAGUUAGUUUAUCACCGGAGGCCUGGAGAAGAGGGGGCUAUCUUGACGCUGGCUGGGAAGUACUCGGCUGUACACUGGGUAGCUACAUUGAAUGUGGGAUCGGGCGGGGCCCAUGCAAGUUAUUACCACAGGGCAAAUGAACAGGUUCAGGUUGGAGUGGAGUUUGAGGCAAACACAAGGCUCCAAGACACGACCUUCUCCUUCGGUUACCACCUGACUCUGCCCCAAGCCAACAUGGUGUUCAGAGGCUUGGUGGAUAGUAAUUGGUGUGUAGGUGCUGUGCUGGAGAAGAAGAUGCCCCCGCUGCCCGUCACCCUCGCCCUUGGAGCCUUCCUGAACCACUGGCGCAACAGAUUCCACUGUGGCUUCAGCAUUACUGUGGGUUGAGGUCGCUCCAGAGCCAACCCCCACAGCAGCUGGAACCUCUGAGUCAGAUGCCCUGGGGCCAGAGACUAGGCCCCCUCCAGAGCCUGCCUUGGUGGGGACCUCUAGGUCCCAGGAGCAGAGUGGGGGACAGGACCACGCCCUCCUCAGAACUGGAGCUGCCUCAGGGGCAGCUGAGGAGGCAGAGGUCUGAGGCUCGACCUCAGCUGCCAGCCCCACCGUCAUCUUUCCUGUGCUCUUGUGGCCCUGAACUAAGGGAGGAGGAUGAAGGGGUGUGUCUGGCUGAAUCCUACCCCCACUUCCUUCUUUGUUUCUCUUUGGUUAAUCCUGCAUGGGAUUAGCUUACCACCCUGUUUUCUAUCCAGAGCCUCCCAUGGCUGGGAAAGUAGGAAUGAAGGGCUAAAUCUCUGGCCUCAGAAAGUGGGGCCCACUCAUUCCCAGAAGGAGCUUAGCCCUGAGGCAUUCUCCUGCCCCAACUUCUGAGCUUCCAGAGAACAACUUUGUCCCCAUGGUCACCCCCCAAAACCCCCAUGACCGCAUGAAGAGGCAGUUAUUGCUUUAGUCUUUCAUUGCCACCACCGGGCUGUCUUUCUACUGGACCCAAUCUCUGGUCCCAGCAUCUUCCCCUUCCAGUCCAGUGUAUCCCAGGCGAGCUGGGGAAGGAAGUGAGCCUCGGCCUCAGCUGCAGAUCUCCUGGAGCAGUGGCAUCAUGGCCGACAGUCCCUGGAUGUGCUGGAUCUGGUUCCCAUAUGCAUUGUUAAUGCUCCGGAGCUCAGCUAAAAGGCCCAGCAGCUUCGCAUACAGAAACCUUUGGAGGAAGUGGGGGGGUCGGCAGGAAAAGAGGAGGGAAGUAAGGCAGCUGGGAGUCUUGUCUUGAGGCCCCGAUCCCCUGAACUGUCCCUCAGUGAAGCUAGGCCUGAAAACUCGAGAAAAUCACGCUCUGGUGCAAUAUCUUUUUCAAAGGUUCUAAAGAUCUCUGGUGGGCUCUCUGAUACUGUCUUCCCUCACUGUGCCCAAUUUUUCCUGAACCCAGAGCUCUGAGGGCCAAGUGUAAAGAAAGCCCCAGGAUUGGGAAGAACAUUAGCUGUGUGGAAUCUGAGGGUCUGGCCUGCUAAAGCCGGCUCCAGAAGUGGGUGCGUUCUGUGGUAUAACACAUACCCUUUCUGGCCAAACUGGCUCCUGGGGGGAUGAAAAAGAACAGAGUGGGCCACCUCAGCACCCGGCUAGAGCAUGGACUACUGCCCCAGAACUGGCUUUGUCUGUGAAACUGUGAGGGACCAAACGUCAAGGGAAAUGAAGGAUGGAAGGAGUUGGCCCAGUGGAGAGGAGGGGAGGGACAAGGGAGGAGUGGGCAAGACUCUCACAAUUCUGCUCUGUCUGGAGAAGUGGACAGGCACGUGACGGCUGCCAUCAAUCUCAGGAAUGCUACUACGCAGAGCCUCUGAGCUACUACCUGGCAUCUACUGAAUAAAACAAAUCUGGAAAAAGUGA